ACGUCGAAUAAAGUCAACUUUUCACUUAGUGUUUCAUAAAGGCCACCACGCGUUUUGGUGUAUUAUAGCUUGCAUGCCUUAAAGUUAUGCAUACAGUUGAUAAGCGAUUCAGGCGAACGAUUUUCCAGGGUAAAGUCCAUAUUGAUUAAACAAACUCAUUUGCUUUUGAUUAAGUAGGAAGUAAUUGAAAUAACACUUUAAACACUCUAGACAAUCUAGACAUAAACAAUAUUUAGAUUUUUAUAGACUUGGAAACACAAUUAUAGACUAGUCAAUAAGUUGCACAAAUGUUUAAUAUAGGAUAUUGUAUUUUAUCCUGUGUUUAUGGAAGUUUUAACUUCUCAUAUUUGCGUAACCAUAGUCUCUUCAAAUUCCAGUUGUGCUAUUUGGUAUUUGAUUAUUGAUUGGCAUGGUGUAUUGAUGGCCAUCCACAGUGCUCCUUAAAAGCGCCUGAAAGAGUGUGUGGGCCAGUGGGGCGAUGAGACUCCUGUAACUUCUAAAUGACCUCUUCAUCACAAAGACGGCCUCAGUCAAUUGUCUAUGGUCUUUAUUCGUCUCUUUUUGUGGCAGAGGUCGCAUUGUAUCUUUUAUAUGUUUACCGGUUAGAAUCUCUGGAUGAAGCUUGAUUUGUAUAGUUGGAUAUUAAUCAUAGACAGAAUAUCAAAUGUUUGUUUUAAUGUGUGCAUCCAUGCUUUAUUUUUAAUUAUAUGUAAUCAUGAAUUUUUGUAUGCUAAAAACGCUUACUGACCUUUGUUUAUGAGGAAAAUGUAGACUGUUAAUUUUCAAGUAAGUGUUCAACCUUUGUGUGAAUUAGACAUGCUACUAUUAAAAUGUAUGUUCAAUCAAUUCCAACUAAUGACAUUAUGCAAAGUUUGUUAAAUUAGGUGCUAGGUGUGUAUGGCUUCUUACCCGCUAAUAGAUUCGCUUCACCUCGAUUGGCUAAAUCCGGUCACAUGGGUGGCUAACUUUAUUCAGUUGACAGCAAGUAGGAGGGCUUUAUGGAGGGAGGAAAAAAGACAACUCGAGAAAAAUUAGUAUUUUCUACCUUCAGAAAUUAAUGGCCAUGAGUUCGUACAUGGUAAACUCCAAGUAUGUGGAUCCCAAAUUUCCUCCAUGCGAGGAGUAUUCGCAAAACAGUUAUAUACCUGAGCAGGGCUCUGGAUACUACAACCCAUCGCAGGAAACUGAUUUCCAGCAUCCAGGGAUCUACUCACGGUCAAACUACUCGGAGCAACCCUACAGUUGUAACACUGUGCAGGGCUCAACACUACAGCCGCGGGGUCAUGUGCAGGAGCAAGGCAGCCAUCCCGGAUCUUUUCCCACGCAAAGCGAGCAGUGCUCUCCGAUCCAAAUAUCCGGCCCGAGGACUUGUGACCAACAACAAAACACAAAGAAUCAGAACGGAACACAGACCAAGCAACCUGCAAUAGUUUAUCCCUGGAUGAAGAAAGUGCAUGUUAGUACGGUGAACCCAGAUUUCACAGGAGCGGAACCCAAGCGGUCGCGGACAGCCUACACGAGACAGCAGGUUUUAGAACUAGAAAAGGAAUUUCAUUUUAACAGGUAUCUAACCAGACGGCGUCGCAUCGAAAUAGCGCAUACUCUUUGUCUCUCUGAGCGACAGAUCAAAAUCUGGUUUCAGAACCGAAGAAUGAAAUGGAAAAAAGAUCACAAACUACCCAACACAAAGGGAAGGUCGGCAUCGGCUGUAAAACAUGUUCAGAAGGACAACCAGACUGAUAUUACAACUUUAUAAAAGAAAUAGAAACAUCUUGCCCCAGAAGUACAGAUGAACUGACAAUGCUUCGUUUAUAUUUGCAUGGUUUUAAAUCCUGACAUUCCGAACUUAAAACUGUUUAAUAUGAAGAAGGAGCACACACCAUUACCAAACGCAGUAUGUAUGGACACGAUGAAAGGAGCCUAAAUACAAAUUUGAAAUACUGUAUGUAUGAAGUGGCAGACUGAGGGCAUCACAACUAGAUUAACGGGCUGCCAUCAGGUAUAUAUUAAAUGUAAAAAUAAAAAAAGGUUGCAAUAGCUAUAUGAAAGCAAGUGAGCUCUAGAAAUUACAUGAACUUUAUUACUACUAUUAUUUUUUUCUGUGGAAAUGCAUUAUGCCCUGUGAUAAAUUUGAUCAAUUAUUUGUCAAGGAUGCAGUAGCCUAUGACUUUAGCUAAUAAUUUAUAAAACUAUUACACCGAACCCUCAUUAAAUCAUUAAUACAUGGCAUUUAAAAUAUUCCGAUUUAAUUACGGACAUGGAUUACGCAAAUAUCAGCUUUGAAAAAUCCUAAAAUAAUUUAGUUACACAUAUGACAAUUUCUUUUUCUUUAUUGAAGUAUGUAACUAAUACAAAAACGUCGAAACAUUAAAUAUUGCAUUUAUAGUAAUAUAAGAUGAACAGAAUAAACCGUUCAUCGAAAUUACUUUAAAACAGGAAGCGCAACAUUUGAAAUCUAUUUUACUUUGUUGACCAUCGUAUUGGAUACCUUGACUGCUAUAAAUCUCACUUGACAGUUUUGUAAACAAUGUACAAUUAAAGCAGCUGUAUAUCUGUCUUCCAGAUGUCAUCAGAAAUUCCUAAAUAAUAGCUCAUUUAUUGUUCCACGUACUUCUGGGUUUUAACUCAACAUUUUUUUUACUCAUUUCUUUAUUUAUUAAAUGCCAGAAUCAGUAUGCUGAGAGUUUUUGUUUUUAAUUUCUGUGUCAAUUCAAAUGGUCGUUCCUUAAAUAUAUUAUGUUCAGUUGAAAAAAAAAUCAUUAUUUUUUAUUCUAUAUAUUUCUGCAUUUUAUGCAUAUUUUCUACGAGCAUAUUUUCUAGUAAAUGAACUAUAGAGCUCAUAAAGAAAGGGUUUAUCCUCAGACCAUGAAUACCCUGUUGCAAUAAGAAACAAUGUGUAUAGUUCGCUUAAAGAAAAUCUGUCUGCUGUUUUGGUUUCAUUAAAUUUUUAUUUUGA